AUGUCUUCAUUGCGUCUUGAUACCGCAUUUAAUUCAUUGACAAUCACUUCAACAUCAUCAGUAACAACAACAGCAACAGCAACAAUUACUAAUCGACGUUUAUUAGAUGUUGAUCCUAAUCGUUUAUCUAUAGCUAAUACAGCAAAUAUGAAUAUUUCUGGUGUUGGUAUUCACCAACGUCGUACUUCAAUUGUUAAUCAUCAUCAUCAACGUCGAAAUUCUCAAUUACGUAAAGCAAGUUUUACUACUUCAACAAUGGUAUGUGUGACAAAAUAUAAUUAG